AUGUUCGCCGCUAGAUCAUUCACCAAAGCAACACGCCAAUACUCAACUGGACCACAGGGUGGCCAAUCGAAGCAAUUCUACAUCGGAGCUGCUGGUGCACUUGCUGCGCUCGUCGGUGGAUACUCUUACCUCAACAAAGAUUCUCCUUCCGGUCCUCUUCCAAUGUCGACACCAAAGUCUGAUAGAAUCGGUGCUCUCCAAACUCCUCAAAUCGCUUUGACUAAGGAUGGCUUCACUAACCUCACCUUGAAGAACGUCAAGAAGUAUAACCACGAUUCGUCCAUCUUUGAAUUUGACCUCCCUGGUUCUUCAGUUUCUGGUCUCGAGCCUGCAGGUCUCGUCGUCUGUAAGGCUGCCGAUGACUCCGUUACUGGUGACAAUGGCAAGCCAGUCAUGAGACCAUACACUCCUAUUUCAACCGCCGACAAGCGCGGCAGUAUAGAUUUCUUAAUCAAGAAGUACGAUGAUGGUAAAUUCACCCCACAUGUCCAUGGAUUGAAGCCAGGUGAUCAACUUGCUAUCAAAGGUCCAAUUCAAAAAUUCAAGUGGGUUCCAAACACAUACGAAAAGGUCGGAUUCGUUUUAGGUGGUAGUGGUGUUACACCUGGUUUGCAAUUGAUUGAAACUAUCCUCAACAACCCAGCAGACAAGACCAAGGUUACCCUCUUGUUCUCCAACAAGACUCCUGAGGACAUAUUAUUGAAGGAGGUGUUUGAUGACUUCAAGAAGAAGCACUCUGACCAAUUCGAUGUCAUCUACUCUAUUGAUCAACCUGCCAAGGGUUGGAAUGGACACGUUGGAUACUUUAAUGGUGAAUUCUUGAAGCAACACCUCCCUGCACCAGACUCUAACUCCAAGACAUACGUCUGUGGUCCUCCACCAAUGAUGAAGGCCAUUUCUGGUGGUAAGACGAGCAAAGGUGCUCAAGGUGAAUUGACUGGUGUAUUGAAGGAUAUGGGUUACAAGGAAGAUCAAGUCUUCAAGUUCUAG